AUGAUCGAAACUUUUGUAGUCACUAUAUUGGCUAUUUUAGCUUAUGUCUGCUUGGAUAUAGGCAGGAAUAUCUAUACGGAUUUUAUCAGUCGACUGACCGAAUCACAAACUCGGCUUUCAGCUGUUAACCUGAAUAAGAUUAAACCGGACGAUUUUUGCACAACUAAACCUGUAAUUGAUGAUGGAUUAAUAACUACCAGCGAAGAUAAAUUGAACCAACUAACUAUUCUUCGUUUUAUGGCAAAAGUAAUAGAAGAAAACAACCAGAUUUUAUUAGAAAAAGAACGCUUAACAAAUCAGGUUAGUCUAGUUCAAUCACAACUGACAGACUCCGAUUCAAAGCUGCGACAGUACCAAAACGUACACGACGAAUUAGCAACUACCAAAAGCGAACUCGAAGAAACGAAACGUGAAAUGACUGACAUUACUGUUGAGAAAAAUCUCCGCUUGACCAAUGAUGAUUUGCGACUAAGCCGAGAAUUGGAAGAUAGGCCUACCAAUCGGGGGGAAUUGGAAAAUCUCCAGGUUUGCCUUGAACAAUUGGACAAGGUGAAUGUAGAUUUGGCCGUGGCUAAAAAUGAGAUUGACUCAAAGAAUAAAACCAUUUCUGAUCUUGAAACGGAGAAUCUCCGUUUGGCCGAAAAUGUUUCACAGAUGAUGCGUAAAUUGGAAGAUAUCGAGCGUAUUCAUCUAUCCAACCAUGCAGAACUGGAAAAAAUACGAGUAUCCCGAGAACACAUAUCCCUUUUUACUGAACAACAAUUGGACAAGUUGCACAAAGUCUUGGACGCAAAUUCACGUGAUCUUCAGUCAAAGAAUAAAAUUAUUUCUGAACUUGAAACGGAAAAUCUCCGUUUAGCCGAAAAUAAUUCACAGUUGAAGCGAAAAAACAAUCUUCUACUUGUAUCGAAUCACGCGGGAUUGGAAGAGUUAAAAGUACUCAGAACUGGCGAACCACAAUUGGACAAGGUGCCCGAAGACUUGGCUGCGGCUACACGUGAGAUUGAGUCAAAGAAUAAAAUCAUUUCUGAACUAGUAACGGAGACUCUGCGUUUGGCCGAAAAUGAUUCACAGUUGAGGCGACAAUUGGAACAUAGCGAAAAUCUUCUUCUAUCCAGUAUGAUGUCAUUGGAAGAGUUACGAGUACUCAGCAAAACUGAACAACCAUUGGACAAGGUGCACGAAGACUUGGCUGUGGCUAAAAGUGAGCUAGAGUCAAAGAAUAAAAUCAUUUCUGAACUAGAAUCGGAAAAUCUCCGUUUGGCUGAAACUUCUCUAUCAAAAUGGGGUUCGUGA